AUGGCUAUACUCGAGGUCAUAGAUCAGCUGUUCCCCAGCGCCUCGUGGGCGAUAGCAGCUCUCGUCUUGGUCCUAUGGAAGUACCUGUCGUUCCCAACGGAGAUCCCCGUCAUCGAAACGCGAAAAGGGUGGGAGGUCUCGUAUGCCAGAGCCAAGCAGCGCUUUACAGCAGGCGGUGCCUCCUUGAUCCGCUUUACGGAGGCGAAAUUUAAGGCAUUCUUUAUAAUCACCGACCUUGGUGAGCGGUUGAUCCUCUCCGGCCAGCGCUACGCGCACGAGCUGCGCAACGAAACACGCCUGGAUUCUGGAUUAUUCUUGGAGAAAGAUCUGUAUACAACCCUACCGGGAUUCGAACCGUUCUCAAAUGGGCGCAGACAUGGCCGGAUCACCCACGAUAUCGUGGCGAGGCUGACGAGGACUAUACCUGCCGUGGUGCAGCCUAUAGCCGAGGAAGCUUCGCUGAGUAUUCGCGAAGUAUGGACGGAUGAAAAAGAGUGGCACGCCAUCGACAUCCAGCCCUCACUAGCAAGAAUCAUCGCCAGUGUAGCGGGCCGCAUUUAUAUCGGCGACGAGUUGAGCCGGAAUCCUCGGUGGCUGGACGCAAUCCUCAGCUACACGGGCAAGGACGUGCUGGCCAUCUACGUGCUGAAGAAAUGGCCCGAAUGGACCAUCCCUCUGGUCCACUGGCUGUUGCCCUCGUGUCGCAAUCUGCGCAGACGCCAGCAGGAGUUGAGGCAGCUGCUGCUCCCCGUAAUCGGCCAACGGCGCGAGCAGCGGGCCAGGCAAGCAAGCAACAAGGAGAAACCGCAGCUCGACAUUCUGGAUUUUAUCGAAGACUCGGCGCACCGGGGCGAGGCCUAUGAUCCCGUCAUAUCGAUCAUCGCCUUCUUCUUCGCCACCAUCCCCACCGCGUCGGAUCUGCUGACCAAGGUGAUCUUCGAUAUCGUUUCCCGGCCGGAUCUGGUCGCGGAGCUGCGGCAGGAGGUUAUUAGCGCAGUAGAGAGCCACGGAUGGUCCAGAAAUACCAUCCACAGUCUCAAGCGGAUGGACAGCGCCAUCAAGGAAACGCAGCGUCUGCAGCCCGUGAGCUCGAUCCUCAUGCGCCGCCUCGCCACCGAAACCUUCACGCUGAAAGACGGCACCGUGAUUCCCCAGGGCAAGAUCGUCGGGGUCACAAUCCACCACAUGUGGGAGGCCGAGCUGUACCCGGAGCCCGAAAAGUACGAUCCCUACAGGUUCCUGCGCAUGAAGGAGAAUCCAGGCCAGGAACAUAAAGCCCAUGCGGUUGCUACGAGUGUGGAGCACAUGGGCUUUGGCCAUGGCAACGCGGCUUGCCCUGGGCGGUUCUUCGCCGUGGCGACGGUUAAGGUGAUACUGAGUCAUAUUCUGAUGAGAUAUGAGAUCAAGAGUGUGGAGAGUGAGAUGCCGCGGACAUUGUCGGCGGGAAUCUCGUGUAUUGCAAAUCCAAUGGCGCAGCUUAUGGUGAGGCGACGGGAGGAGGAGAUUGCACUAUAA